CUCCAUAAAUACCGACCCUCUGUUCUUCACAAUUUUCGUAUUCACAUUCAAAUUCCCAUAAUCACACAACAAUGCCUGCCCUUGCGUUUACUCUUCCUGCUCUUCUCCUCUCCCUCCUCUCUCUCGGAGCUUCUUACUCCGACGGCCAGUGGCAGAAUGCUCAUGCUACUUUUUACGGCGAAAGUGACGGCUCUGGAACUAUGGGAGGUGCUUGCGGUUAUGGAAACUUGUUCGACGAUGGCUACGGUGUGAACACGGCGGCGCUGAGCACUGCUCUGUUCAACAACGGUUUGAGCUGCGGAGCUUGUUUCGAGAUUAAGUGCGUUGACGAUCCACAGUGGUGCCAUCCCGGGAAUCCGUCAAUUAUCAUAACGGCCACGAACUUUUGCCCUCCGAACUUCGCGAUUCCGAGCGACAAUGGAGGGUGGUGCAACCCUCCCCGUCCUCAUUUCGACCUCUCCAUGCCAAUGUUCCUCAAGCUCGCCCAGUACAAAGCCGGAAUUAUUCCCGUCACUUAUCGCAGGGUGGGUUGCGUGAAAAAAGGAGGAAUAAGAUUCAGUAUGAACGGCUUCCAGUACUUCAACUUGGUGCUCAUCUCAAACGUGGGAGGCGCAGGGGACGUGGUGGAGGUGAGCGUGAAAGGCAGCAGCAACACCAAAUGGAUGAGCAUGAGACGGAACUGGGGCCAGAACUGGCAACCCGACACCGUCUUGGUUGGUCAGUCGCUGUCCUUCAGAGUCACAACCAGCGACCGUCGCACCGUCACCUCCUGGAACGUCGUCCCCUCUAAUUGGCAGUUUGGGCAGACGUUCUCCGGUGACAAUUUCAGCGUCUAAUUUUGACCAUCGAAUUUGAUUAUUUUCAUUCAAAUAUGGGGGAAUAGGGUUGUGUUAGUGAGCGUAGUUUUGGGAGGGAAGUUUUUGUUUUGGGAAGAUGGAAAUGAUACUGUAGGACGAAUAAAAGAGUUGUAUUUUUUAUGAAAGAAGAGGAA